AUGAGGAGUGCUAGUAGAUCUGGUGAAGCUACAAUUAGCAAUUUGUCCUGUAAUGUUGUUGAUGGGAUUCUAGGCUGCUUGCCUUUGAAAGAUGCAGUGAAGACCAGUAUAUUGUCAAAGGACUGGAGAGGACCAAUACUGAAGUUUGAACUUGGAGGCGACUUGAAAAGUUGUCCGGAUAUUGAUCACUGGAUACUCUUCUUGUCAAAGAAAAAUGUCCAGGAAUUCACCCUUAACAUGUGGCCAGACAACAAAUACUAUUAUUUACCUUCUCACUUGUUUACGUUCCAGGAACUGAGGCAUCUGGAAGUUUCAGUGGGAAAUGUUGUGGAACCUGUUGUACAAUUCUUACGAGCCCAAUCAAUCUCGUCAUGUGGUGUUGCAAAGCUGCUUCAAAGAGUGGAAAUGAGUUGUUUUACUGGUGCUGAGGUGGAAAUGGAAUUUGUUAGAUUUAUAUUGGCAUCAGCACCUGUACUGGAGGAAAUCUUAAUUUGGAAUGUUGCGCAUCACUUUCUUCAGAGUACACAGAUGAUGGAUGAUGAGAUGAAACAGUUCCACCGACCAUCACCCAAUCUUAAUUGA